GGCGGAAACUUCGCAGCCAAAAUGCCUGUUGGUGGGCAAUUCUCAAUCGUUCCCUUCUUCUUCCCACCAGCCGCCGCCGCUCGAUUUUCUCCGAUUCAGGUUCAAGACCUUUCAACUUGUUCUGUUUUUUCCGUACGAAUUCGCCGGUCAUCGGACUCGGGUUUGAGAUCUUCUCGUCUUUCGGAGGCCAUGGAUCUUGGUCACAGCAACACAGAGCCUCGAAGAACAGGGUCCUUUAGUCUACCGAGCAGCGUAGGCUCUUCUUCGAGGCAUUCUCUAAGCUUAACACGUGUUGCUCCGCUCGAAAACGAUGACACCAUUGAUAGCGAGAGGGUUUCAGAGGCUGGAGAUAUCGGGGAUCGUUCCCUUCGGAGAAGGCAUAGUACUGGUUUAAGCAGCCGUUUCUCCACUGAUCACCCCAUCGAUCAAGAAGAAGGUAUCUUUCACCCCAGUGGAUUAUGGGGUCAUGACCUUCGAGGCAUGAAUACAACUUCUGUAAUCUCAGACAUGCCCAUUGAUGGCAGAUCCCCUUUGCCCACGAAAUUGCUCUUGCCGUCUGAUGUAAAGGACCAAGAAGAGCCAGUGUUAUUGAAGUUCUUGGAAUACGUUUGCUGUCUGACCCAUUUGGCUGUUUUCGGGAUUCUUGGGGUUAUUACGAGAUAUUUGCUGCAGAAGCUGUUUGGGCCGACUGUUGCUCGGGUAACGAGUGACGGGAGCAUCUUAUACCUUGAUCUUCCUUCCAACAUGGUCGGAUCGUUCCUGAUGGGUUGGUUUGGGGUAGUUUUCAAAGCAGAUAUAGUGAAAGUUUCCGAAUUUUUAGCCAUAGGUUUAACCACUGGCUAUCUGGGUAGCCUCACGACUUUCAGCGGCUGGAACCAGAAAAUGCUCGAUCUUAGUGCCAAUGGCCAAUGGCUCGACGCCAUUCUCGGCUUUCUUUUAGGGCUGUUUCUUUCAGCUUACUCCAUCAUUUUCGGGGUCGAAACAGCAAAGGGUUUCAGAUGGGUUCUUGCGAGACGAAACAGAGAUCCCGAGGGAAAAGAACCGUGUCUUAAGGUGAAUACCUUCACAGGUCAUAUGGUUUCAUUCGGUAUAAUGCUCGUAACACUCGGGGUUCUACUCUCUGUGAGUGCCGUGUUGCUCGCGAAAGAGUUCAGAAAGGGAACAAGUGAGGCAGAGCUCUGGUUCGGUUGCUUAGUUGCCGCACCCGGUGUCUGGCUCAGAUGGUUGCUGGCUCGGCUCAACGGACGCGGGCUCGGAAAGGGAGGAAGGCUCUUGAGAUGGGUUCCGUUCGGUACCCUCAUCGCCAACCUCUCUGCAGCUUUCGCCAUGGCUGCAUUAGCAACGUUAAAGAGAUCAGUGAAGACGAGGGACUGUAACACGGUGGCAUCGAGCAUACAGUUUGGGCUACUAGGAUGUCUGAGCACAGUCUCGACAUUAAUGGCGGAAUUCAACGCCAUGAGAGAAAGUAUUUUCCCUUGGAGAGCUUACGCUUACGCUCUCUUUACCAUCUCUACUUCCUUCCUUGUCGGAAUCCUCCUCUACUCUCUCCCUGUCUGGGUUUUAGGCUUUGACUGAAAUAAAACACACAAAAGAUAUAGAUUUUUUUAUAAAUUUUUUUAGAAAACCCAUAUUAUGUAAUAACUUUAUAUUUCUAAACUUGAUUUCAGGGUUUAGAAUAUAGAAUAGAUUUAUGAUA